GCAUUCAAGUUUGCGAUGCUUAAUCAUAAUCUCAACGUUACUGCGCGGCGGUUCGAACUACAGGCGUACGUUGACGUCAUCAACACGGCAGAUGCAUUCAAGCUCUCCAAACUGAUUUGCAAUCAAUUUUCGCGCGGCGUGUUCGCAAUGCUUGGAGCCGUCUCGCCGGAUUCUUUCGACACGCUGCACUCGUACAGCAACACCUUCCAGAUGCCGUUCGUGACGCCCUGGUUCCCGGAGAAGGUGCUCACCCCGUCGUCCGGCUUUCUCGACUUCGCUAUCAGCAUGCGGCCCGACUACUAUCAGGCUAUCAUCGAUACGGUGCGCUACUAUGGUUGGGAUAGGAUCAUCUACAUGUACGACUCGCACGACGGCCUAUUGCGGCUGCAACAGAUCUACCAGGGACUACGGCCAGGCAACGAAACCUUCCACGUCGAGACGGUCAAGCGGAUAGCGAACGUAAGCGAUGCGAUAGAGUUCCUGCGCACCAUCGAGGAGCUGAACCGGUGGUCCCGGAAGCACAUCGUCCUCGACUGUAGUACCGAGCUGGCCAAGGACAUCGUGGUCAGUCACGUCCGGGACAUCACGCUCGGCAAGCGCACCUACCACUAUCUGCUGAGUGGGUUGGUGAUGGAUGAUCGUUGGGAGAGUGAAGUUAUCGAGUACGGAGCAAUCAAUAUCACUGGCUUUCGUAUCGUCGAUACGAGCAAAAAGUACGUCAAGGAGUUUCUUGAUGGAUGGAAGCGAUUAGAUCCGACCACAUCGCAGGGCGCCGGAAAAGAACUGAUCUCGGCCCAGGCUGCCCUCAUGUACGAUGCCGUGUUCGUGCUGGUCGAGGCAUUCUCCAAGAUUAUGCGCAAAAAGCCGGACCAGUUCCGGGCGUACACGAUGCGUAAUCGGGGCCAGCCGUUCAACCUUCCCACCAACGGAACGCGAACGCUGGACUGUAACACCUCCAAAGGUUGGGUCACCCCGUGGGAGCACGGUGAUAAAAUUUCACGCUACCUGCGCAAGGUGGAAAUAUCGGGCCUUACCGGUGAUAUCAGAUUCAACGAAGACGGCAAACGCCAGAACUACACGCUGCACGUGGUCGAGAUGACAGUGAACAGCGCGAUGGUAAAGGUGGCCGAGUGGUCGGACGAAGGUGGACUGGCGCCGGUCGUCGCAAAGUACACCCGACUCAAGACGGACAUGCAUUACGAGCGGAACAAGACGUACAUCGUGACGACCAUCAUCGAGGAGCCGUACAUCAUGCUGCGACAGCCGGAACCGGGCGAGACGCUGGAGACGAACGAGCGCUUCGAGGGCUACUGCAAGGAUUUGGCCGAGCUGCUGGCGAAAAAACUCGGCAUCAACUAUGAGCUGCGGAUAGUGAAGGAUGGUCAGUACGGUUCGGAAAACCCCGACGUCAAGGGUGGCUGGGACGGAAUGGUGGGCGAACUCGUCCGAAAGGAGGCCGAUUUCGCUAUCGCCCCUAUGACCAUCACGUCCGAGCGCGAGCGCGUCAUCGAUUUUAGCAAACCGUUCAUGUCGCUCGGCAUUUCCAUCAUGAUCAAACGGCCGGUCAAGCAGAAGCCGAGCGUAUUUAGCUUCCUCAAUCCGCUUUCCAAAGAGAUCUGGGUGUGCGUGCUGUUCAGCUACGUCGGUGUCAGCAUCGUCCUGUACAUAGUGUCACGCUUUUCGCCCUUCGAAUGGCGACUAGUUACACGACCGGAUAUGUCAGGCGAACAACCGGACGCAGUGCCACAGGCGACGGUAAAUGAGUUUAGCAUUCUGAACUCAUUCUGGUUCGCUCUGGGCGCCUUCAUGCAGCAGGGCUGCGACAUCUCACCACGCUCGAUCUCGGGCCGGAUCGUCGGCUCGGUCUGGUGGUUCUUCACGCUCAUCCUAAUCUCGUCCUACACGGCCAACCUGGCCGCCUUCCUGACGGUCGAGCGCAUGGUCACGCCAAUCAACUCCCCGGAGGAUCUGGCCUCGCAAACAGAAGUCCAGUACGGCACGUUGAUUCAUGGCUCGACCUGGGACUUCUUCCGGAAAUCACAAAUCUCCCUGUACAGCCGCAUGUGGGAGUACAUGAACUCCCGCAAGCACCUAUUCGUCAAGACGUACGACGAGGGCAUCCGGCGGGUACGUACGUCGAAGGGCAAGUACGCGCUGCUCAUCGAGUCACCGAAGAACGACUACACCAACGAACGGGAGCCGUGCGACACGAUGAAGGUCGGGCGGAAUCUGGAUGCGAAAGGAUUCGGCAUUGCCACGCCCUUGGGCUCACCGCUAAGAGAUCCAAUCAAUCUUGCAGUGCUGUCGUUGAAGGAGAACGGAGAACUCACCAAACUGUUAAACAAAUGGUGGUUCGAUAGGACGGAAUGCAAACACUACGACAAACAGGACGCGUCACGGAACGAGCUGUCCCUCAGCAACGUAGCGGGCAUCUUCUACAUCCUCAUCGGCGGCUUGCUGGUGGCGCUAGCCGUAGCGCUGGUAGAGUUUUGCAUGAAAAGCUCCAACCGGUCCAGCAACCGCAUUCCGCUCUCCGACACGAUGACCUCGAACUCAAACUCCAAAAACCGGCUCACCAUGCCACCGGCGGCCCGGGAGUAUGACAAUGGGCGCAUCGGGGUAAGUGGUGGCUACAUCCACCCCCACUGGCGGACAGCAACCGAACCGUACUAAUUGCAGUAUCCGUUCUAGUACUACACCCCGGCGACACACACCGAUCCGGAUCCGAUCCACG